AUGGCGAUUUCGUUUGGAUACGAGGUCAGAAAAUAAUCAAAUGUUUAUAUUAUUUAAGAUUUUUUUUUUCAGUUUAUUGUGAUGAAACCCCCGAUUGAAAGUGUUUUUGCUGGGACAGUGGUUCCUUGGUGCAGUGGAUGCGGCAAAGAAGAGAUUAUCACUGCUAUUUCGAUCAUCGGCGCCGUCAUCAUGCCCCAUAACUUUUAUUUGCAUUCGGCCUUAGUGAAAGUGAGCGUGAUCUGAUUGUGAGUUUGUAAAUCAUUCUGACGGAGCCCAUUUUUAGUCCCGAAAAGUGAAUCGUUCCAACAGAAACCGCGUUGCCGAGGCGAACAAAUAUUUUGCAAUCGAAUCGGCGAUUGCGCUCUUCGUCAGUUUUUUCAUAAAUAUGUUUGUUUUGUCGGUGUUCGCACGUGGACUAUACGGUAAAACAAAUGAAGAUGUGGUCGGUUGAUGAGCUGAAAAAAAAACAAAAUGGAGAUGUUUGUAGAGUUCGAUGUGUCUCGCUCAACAUGAUAUACCGGAUUCAAAUAUUUUUCCAAACGAUUCGGAACCUGUCGAAGUGGACUUAUUUGAAGUAUAGUCUUGCGCUAAGGAUACAAACUGAACAUUUUUAUUAACAGGGAGGAAUCUACUUAGGUUGUCAGUUUGGUCUCGUGGCAAUGCUCGUGUGGGGAAUCGGAAUACUCGCAGCUGGUCAGAGUUCCACAAUGACCGGAACUUAUACGGGACAGUUUGUGAUGGAAGGAUUUAUCAAAAUCUCGUGGCCAAAAUGGAAACGUGUCCUGGUUACUCGAGCUGUCGCCAUCACACCCACGCUUAUUUUGUGUAUCAGUGCAAACGGAAUCAAGAACCUGACAGGUAUAACCUUAAAAACACGAAAUAUCUAAAACUAAUAUUUUCAGGUAUGAAUGACUUUUUGAACUGUGUACAAAUGGUUCAGCUACCAUUCGCUAUUAUUCCUAUGAUCACUUUCACUUCCAGUGAAAAAAUCAUGCACAACUUUAAAAAUUCAAAGGGUCUCAAAGCAUUCGCACUGAUAUCAUCGGUAAUAACCAUUGGAAUCAACGUCUACUUCAUUAUACAAACUGUUUCUGAACAUUUGGGCACCGAGUGGUAUAUCUGGAUCGCAAUCACUCCGAUCACCAUCCCAUACGUUCUUUUUGUUGCCUAUUUGGUGAGUUCACAGUUUUCCAUGAGUAAUUCAAACAUUUCAGUCUGUCUAUUGUCUCGUGGAAUGCAAUAUUCUCAGCGAUACAAUGGUAAGCCAACAAGUGGAAGUUUUUGAAAAACAAAUCUUUAUGUUAGGAAAUUCCUGGAUUUGA